AUCAAAGCUCAUGCAUCAUGUUCCACAUAACUCGUAAGAUGACUUUGUCGAAACGUUUGGUCGUCCUCGUUACACCUGGGGUGCGAAAGCUCACUCAUUGGUACAAGAAGGAUUGGAAUGUCGCUGUCUCUCCUUGAAGAAUCUCUCCCGCUGUCCCUCUCACCGCCGGAGUUCCUAUCUCUCUCGUCGCUGUCGUUAUUGCCGUCCCUUUCGUCAGAGUCAUCGACGCCAUCCAAUUUGCCGACGCCUUCCCUACGGUCACAGUCAUUACUCCCGCUAACGUCGUCCCAUUCGUCAACAUCGUCGCAAUCGUCAACAUCGUCGCAAUCGUCAACAUCGUCCCAAUCGUCAACAUCGUCCCAUUCGUCAACAUCGUCCGUAUUCGAACCAGAUCUCCUGGCGUCAGAGUACUCCCUCCUAACGGUCCCCCAAACGUCCAGUUUUUCAAUGUCGUCGUCCCUCUCGUCAACUUCCCUCCAAGCCGUGUCACCCUUUCCGUCAGAGCCACUCCCAUCAAUCACGAGUAUCACAUCAAUCAACCCUGUUCUUUUCACUACAUUUAAUCCCGCGACGACAACCAUAUCGCCCCAAACCACCAGUACGGCGGUUUUCAGCCCAACAUCAGUGUCGAGCACCGGUUCUCCCCAACUACCUUCAACCAUUGCUGCCAUUGUAGGAGGGAUCGUGGGAGCAGUCACACUUCUGGCUUUCUUAAUAUUUAUUGUUGUGCGGUGUCGCGGGAAACAAACACUGUCUGUGACACCCUUCAACCUUCCCUCAACUGCAGAACCAACGCGGGUUGAGUCACAGGCGGUGCUUAUGUCCCAGAGUACCGGCGGUGCCGUUCGUCCAAGCAGCAGAGGCCCACCGACCGUCCAAUAUUCAGACGCAUACCUCGAAGAGUAUUCUUGGAAUCUACACCCGCCAGACACCUCCCGUGUCGAUUGUACAACAUCUCAUUUGCCUGACGAUCCUGACGCCUCUCCGUCCACGAUUGCCAGGCUCCAACGGGUUUGCGAGCUAGAAAAGUUGUAUCCAAGAGCAUAUCCGUCUCGCGCCCGUACGACAGAUCAUUGUUGUCAUCACAGUGGAGAAAACUGGGUUGACCAGAUUGUUACGGAGGAUUAUUCGCGAGGACCGAGUGAAGAGUUACCGGCUUAUCCUCGUUCGGCGAAAUCUUUGAAGAGCAGGGAAGCAGACCGUGAUCAUCGUUAUGGUUAUACUAGCUCUUAAUCGUAGAGCCAUAGAUAAUAGUACCACUGGUAACCACUACCACGGAUGAUGUUGAGUAUCAUGUAUCUUUCUUAAGUUGGC